CACACUUCGGUGAUUCCAUCCACACCAUGAGCUUUGUCUUGGACGCGCUCAUAAUCGCCGCAGGAUGGAUUCACGUCGCCCUCGCGCCCUACACGAAAGUGGAAGAGAGCUUCAACCUUCACGCAAUCCAUGAUAUUCUUAUGUAUGGCAUUAGUCCAGCAAAUCUUCAUAAAUACGACCAUUUCACUUUUCCAGGGGCAGUUCCACGUACUUUCAUCGGAAGUAUAAUACUUGCAUGGGCCUCUUCCCCGGUCAUACGAAGUGCUCAAUCUCUGGGUUUAUUGUCGUCCAAAUUUGACAUGCAAAUUAUUGCGAGACUCGUACUUGCUUCAUCCAAUGCCCUGGGCCUCUGUUGCAUUCGACAUGCGGUUUCUCGACGUUUUGGUCGACUUACCGGGCUUUUAUUCACUUUGAUAACAAUAUCUCAGUUUCAUAUUCCGUUCUGGAUGGGACGAACGCUUCCGAACAUGUUUGCAUUACUUCCAGUAAAUUUGGCAACGUACUUGCUGCUUGAUCGUGCUCCGAACGCAUUGAACCCGUCGCCCCGAAAUGUUUAUACCGCCAUAUCUCUUUUGACCUUCGCUGGCGUUGUAUAUCGGGCGGAGUUGGCUCUUCUUCUCGCCCCCAUCUCUCUUCAGGCUUUGUACCAGGGGAGCUGUAGCCUCACUGGUCUUGCUAAAUGCGGUAUCAUAACAGGAGCAGUAUCGAUAGCUCUUACAGCUUCUGUGGAUACCUACUUCUGGCAAUCGCCAAACCCGCUGUGGCCUGAAUUGUCUGGUCUCUAUUUCAACGUUAUACAAGGCAAAAGCUCAGAAUGGGGCACGUCACCGGCUUACACCUACUUCCUUUCAUACCUCCCCAAGCUACUGCUUACUGCGCUUCCUCUGUCCGGAAUAGCUUUCGUCUUUGAUCACCGUAUUCGGCCGGUGCUCUUACCUUACAUCGCAUUCAUAUUCUUGAUCAGUGGAUUAGGCCACAAAGAGUGGCGAUUCAUCGUCUAUGUCGUGCCUGUAUUCAACGUUGCAGCCGCAAGAACGGCUAGAUGGAUGGUUUCGCGAAGAAAAUCCUCUUUUAUGGGCAGAUUUUAUUUCAUGGCUGCGUGGAUCAUGAUCCUGGCGAAUAUAGCUCUAACUGCUGUGACUACUUUGGCAUCCAUUCACAAUUACCCGGGCGGUGUCGCUUUAAACAAUUUCAACAACUAUAUUACUAAGAAUUACCAAAACACGGCUCCACACGUCCAUAUUUCGAAUCUAGCUGCACAAACGGGUGCUUCGCUAUUCCUUCAAACACACGCACCGCCUUUCAUUGAAGGCUCCGGUCGCCCUUCUGCUUGGACGACAUAUAACAAGACAGAGGGGUUGACAGUUAAAUCGCUGGGUUCUUCGAAACACUUUACACAUAUCAUAUCGGAAGUUCCUCUUGAAGAGUUCGGUUGGAUAAAUAAGAGUAAAUGGAAGGAAGUUGGGGUAGUCUAUGGAUUCGAACGAUGGGUUAUUGACCGGCGGAUCCUUCGGGGUAAUGAGGGUAUAUGGGAUGUCAUGACCAAACUUGGGGGUGUGGUGACGAUGGCGAGAAGUGGUAGAUUGUGGAUUUCGGAACGGAAGUAUUAGGAUUUUGUUGUGUUACCCCUGUCCAACGCAGACCUAUUCUCUUGUAUCAUAGCCAUCUAAUUUGGAAGAACAUAUAUUGAUUCUUCUCCAUCAAUGCACAGACC